AUGCCCUGGGGGCCUUCAACCACUCAAGUCCUGGCUAGUAAGAACAAGCUCCAGGCCGGGCCCCUGUACAGGCCAGCCUUGGCCCUGCUUCUCCAGACCAUGCUUCCAGCCACAGGGAUUCUCUCUCCCCAGUCCGGCUUCAGCCUCGUCAUGAAUCAUCCAGCCUGCGUCAAUGAGAUUACUCUGAGCCUCAACAACAAGAGUCCCAGAACAAAGGCUCUUGUGCUGGAGCUACUGGCUGCUGUGUGUCUGGUGCGGGGAGGACAUGACAUCAUUUUGGCUGCCUUUGACAACUUUAAAGAGGUGUGUGGUGAGAAGAAUAGGUUUGAGAGAUUGAUGGAGUAUUUCCGGAAUGAAGACAGCAACAUUGACUUCAUGGUGGCUUGCAUGCAGUUCAUCAACAUCGUGGUACAUUCAGUGGAGAAUAUGAAUUUUCGAGUCUUCCUGCAGUAUGAGUUCACCCACCUGGGCCUGGACGUUUACCUGGAGAGGCUGCGGCUUACAGAGAGCGACAAGCUCCAGGUGCAAAUUCAGGCAUAUCUGGAUAACGUGUUUGAUGUGGGUGCCCUCCUAGAAGACACAGAGACCAAGAAUGCUGUUCUGGAACACAUGGAGGAGCUUCAGGAGCAGGUGGCCUUGCUGACAGAGCGGCUCCGGGAGGCAGAGAACGAGUCCAUGGCCAAGAUAGCUGAGCUGGAGAAGCAGUUGAGCCAUACCCGAAAGGACUUGGAUAUACUCCGGGAGCGCCACAGUGAGUGUGCCACCAUGGGGACCUCCCAGCUGCCUCCUGAGCCCAAGAAGGUGCCCAUACUUACCCCGGUCCCAGUCCAACCCUCUGCCCUGGAGCUUAAAUUGGAGGAGCUGGAAAAGAAAGGGUUAAUCCGAAUCCUAAGAGGACCUGGGGGAGACAUCACCAUUGAGAUCAUCCCGGUUGUUGUGGCAACUCCAUCCGACAUGAUGAUGCCGACGACGACAGUGAUGACGGCUGGGGCUCCCGACUCCUCCAGCACAGAUCUCCCACCUCCAACAACUCCUCCUGCUGCAUCUGUGGGUCCUCUGCCACCACCGCCACCUCCACCGUUGCCACCAUCUCCCCCACUCCCUGGUGUCACUUCACCUACCCAUCAAGAUAUCCCACCUUCGGCACCUCCUCCACCUCCACCCCUUCCUGGUAGCCUGGAGCUACCCCCUGCCCCACCGCUGCCUGGGACAUCCCCAGCCCCACCACCUCCACCACCCCCACCACCAGGGAUGAAUGGAACAGUGCCUCCUCCUCCUCCUGGAGGACUCCCUGGUGCCUUUGGGGGACUCACUACCGCUCCAGAUAGUGCAGUGAAGGCCAAGAAACCAAUUCAGACCAAGUUCCGGAUGCCAGUUUUCAACUGGGUGGCCCUAAAGCCCAACCAGAUCACGGGCACUGUCUUUACUGAGAUCAAUGAUGAGAAAGUAUUACAGGAACUGGAUAUGAGUGACUUUGAGGAACAGUUCAAGACCAAGUCUCAGGGUCCUUCUUUGGACUUGAACGCCCUAAAAGUGAAGACAACACAGAAAGCCCCCAGCAAGGUGACACUCAUUGAGGCCAACCGGGCAAAGAAUCUGGCCAUCACCUUACGCAAAGGCAACCUGAGCACGGACCGUAUCUGCGAGGCCAUAGAGACGUAUGACCUGCAGGCCCUCAGCCUGGACUUCUUGGAGCUCCUCACUCGCUUCCUUCCCACCGAGUAUGAGCUGAGCCUCAUUGGACGCUAUGAGAAGGACCAAAAGCCAGUGGAAGAGCUGUCAGACGAGGACCGGUUCAUGCUGCGUUUCAGCCGGAUCCCUCGCCUCUCUGAGAGAAUGGCCACUCUGGCUUUCCUGGGCAACUUCCCUGACACCGCGCAGAUGCUCAUGCCGCAACUAAAUGCCAUUAUCGCCGCUUCGAUGUCCCUCAAAUCCUCUGACAAGCUCCGUAACAUCUUAGAGAUUGUCCUGGCCUUUGGGAAUUACAUGAACAGCAGUAAACGAGGGGCGGCCUAUGGUUUCAGACUACAAAGCCUUGAUGCACUGCUGGAGAUGAAGUCAACAGAUCGGAAACAGACUCUACUGCACUACCUGGUGAAGGUGAUUGGAGAGAAAUAUCCCAAACUCACCUGUUUCCAUGCUGACUUGCACUUUCUGGACAAGGCUGGGGCCGUGUCUCUAGACAGUGUCCUCCAGGACACCCGAGCUCUCCAGCGAGGCAUGGAGCUGACAAGGAGAGAGUUCAUGCGCCAAGAUGAUAAUCCUGUGUUGAAGGAGUUCUUGAAGGUCAACAGUCCAAGUAUGGAGAAAUUGCUGGCUGAUGGCAAGACAGCCCAGGAGGCAUAUGAAUCCGUGGUGGAGUAUUUUGGAGAGAAUCCCAAGACCACACCCCCAUCUAUGUUCUUCCCCGUGUUCAGUCGCUUCGUCAAAGCAUAUAAGAAAGCAGAGCAGGAGAUUGAACAAUGGAAGAAACAGGAGGCCACAGCCCAGGAGGCAGGAGCUCCCAUCCCAGGUGAAGGCCAACCUGCAGAGCCCAAGUCCCCUCCCAAGGCCCGGAGGCAGCAAAUGGACCUCAUCUCGGAGCUAAAGAGGAAGCAGCAGAAGGAGCCACUCAUCUAUGAGAGUGACCGCGAUGGGGCCAUAGAGGACAUUAUCACUGAUCUUCGGAAUCAGCCCUACCGAAGGUCGGACACCGGCCGGCGGAGCGGCCGCCGAAAGGCCUCCAGCACCCCCCUGCAGGUGACCUCCGACCUCGCUGUGUAGCCCCUGGGCUGCGGCUUGGACCCCUCCCCUCCCCUCCUCCCGCACCUGUGGAGUCCUCCGGAGGUGAGGCCUCGUGGACAGGGACUAGGCGCCUCUCGUGUAUGGGGUCAACAGAGAAUCCCCUUUCCCACAGCUUCGGAGAGUGGUGCGCCCAGCGCUUUUGGGAACGACAGUCACGAAGAAAGGGAAGAAAACGCUUGCUUUCCUGCUCCUGGGGGCACCCCCCCCCCCAAUUGGUGCACUUCCUUAUUACAGGGGGCAGCACAUCCGGGCCCUAGCGUGGAGGUGCGCGGCCCAGCCCCACCCCCAAUGCCAGAUCGUUGCCCCUCCUCUUUAACCUUUCAUCCUGUAAGCCACGUUCAGUUAUCAGACGUGAUUCCCGAGAAUUUAGGGAAUGCCCCCCUACCCUUUGCCCUUGGUCUGGGGAAUAGGGGAGAUAAGGGGGAGUGGGGGAGGGAGAGGGAGAACCCUCGGGACCUUAUUUUUAUACAAGGAGCCAAUAAAUGGAUUUGGAAGAUA